AUGGUCUCAACCACGAACCCUAUACCCGCAGUGACGGAACCGUACCAUGUCCUGAUACGGGUUUCCGCGGUUGCCCUCAAUCCAUCCGACUACCGAAUGCCUGCGUACAACCCAGUUCCAGGUGCGGUACUGGGCUGCGACUUCAUGGGCACCGUCGUCGAGACAGGCUCACAGGCAACCAGCUGCCCUCCAGGUACGCGACUGUGCGGUCCCAUGCACGGUUGCAAUGCUGCGAAUCCCAACAACGGCGCGUUUGCAGAGUUCCUCGUCGCGGACGCCCGAGUACUCUUGCAGGUGCCUGAUGCCUGGAGCGAUCUCGAAGGGGCAGCGUUGGGCGGCGUCGGAUGGGCUACGGUUGCGCUGGCCAUGGAAGAUUGCCUGAAGCUCACGGGUCGUCCGUCAGCACCGGAGCCGCCUCGAGCUGAUGGUAGCCGCGUGCCGGUGCUGGUAUAUGGCGGUGCUACGGCCACGGGCACCAUGGCAUGCCAGAUUCUCGCCAGAUCGGGAUACAGCGUCAUUGCCACCUCUUCGACCGCCUCCUCCGCCCUAGUCAAAGCGUUUGGUGCCAUGACGACGUACCCCUAUACCUCUCCGACGUGCGGCGAGACGGUUCGGGAAGCGACCAAGGGCACACUAAGACAUGCCAUUGACUGCGUGACCAAUCCCGACUCUGUCCGUUGCUGCUUCACAGCCCUGGGUAGAGCCGGAGCAAGAUAUGCAAGCCUGGAUUAUGCUCUGCCGGAAUGGCGAACUCGCAAGUCGGUCAAGGUCGACAUGCCGGUUACUUAUGCUCUCUGGGGCAACGAGGUCAAGAUUCGGGACCCCUACCACAGAGAAGCCGAUCCAACCAAGUUGGCACUGGCGAUGCGCUGGCGACAAGAGAUCCAAUCACUUCUAGAUGCCGGUCAACUCAAGUGCCACCCUGUCCGUGAGAUUCCCGGGAGGUGGAAGGGGAUCGUACAGGGUCUGGAACUGCUCAAGGCAGGGCAGACCUCGCCCGAACUACCAGUUCCAUCUGCCGGCAAGCAUCCCGCCGUUGGAGACCCGGAAACAACUCUGCACAGCAGAGCCACUAGCUCGACAACGGACUCUAGGGCAGAUAAGGCCGCCGUGUGGGCGUUUCCCAAGUCAGGCACUUCUACGCCGACUGACGACCGGCAACAGUUGAGCUCGGUGAAGAUGAGCCAAAGAAAACCACAUACGGGCAAGACUAGACGGCGGAAGGAUGACGUACCGAGAAGCUUUAGCCGUUGGUUGCUGGACAAUCAAGUCGGCUUCUCGUUCAAUCUUGUCGCGCUCUUGUUUCUCACACAUGCUUGUAUACCCGCUGCACGGCAGUACACGUCCAAGUUCUUCACUCUUUCUUACCGCAAUGGCAAGACGGGCAAAUACGCCGCGGGAUAUGACGACUUUUACUUUAUGACAUUUGUCAUCGUCAUCCUAACGGGACUUCGCGCUUUCUGCAUGGGUUAUAUUCUCGCACCAUUAGCUUCCCGAUGGGGCGUGCUGGGCAAGAAGAAUGCAACCCGGUUCGCUGAGCAAGGCUGGAUGUUGAUGUACUACAACGCAUUCUGGCCGACGGGCAUGUACCUUUACUACAACUCCAAGUACUUCUUGAACAUGGAGGAGCUCUGGACCGACUGGCCACAGCGCGAGAUAGAUGGCUUAAUGAAGGCGUACAUUCUGGGACAAUGGGGCUUUUGGAUCCAAAUGGUCCUGGUCAUCAACAUUGAAGAGCGCCGAAAGGACCACUGGCAAAUGUUGACACAUCACUUUGUCACAAUUGCCUUGCUGGCGGGCUCGUAUGCCUAUCACCAGACUCGAGUCGCCAACCUCAUUCUGAUCUUGAUGGAUGUGAUUGAUCUAUUUUUACCGCUCGCAAAAUGUCUCAAGUACCUCGGCUUCACCACCAUCUGCGACGUAAUAUUCGGCGGAUUCAUCAUCUCGUGGGUGCUCGCUCGACACGUUUUGUACAUGGUGACGUGCUGGAGCAUCUACUUCGACUUCCCCAGAAUGACGCCACCCGCUUGUUAUCGAGGCAGUGCCGAUGACCUUGAAGGCCCGUUACCCAUUCCCACGGCGGGUUGGAGUCAUCUGCUGGAACCCUUUCGCAACCCCUCCGGAGUCGUGUGCCUCAACAAGAAUGUCAUGUAUGCCUUUCUCUUAUUCCUCCUGUUUCUACAGGUUAUGAUGAUCAUGUGGUUCACGGUCAUCGUACAAAUCACUAUGCGCGUGCUCCAGGGCAAGAGGGCCGAGGACCUUCGAAGCAACAGCGAGGCAGAAGAAAGCGACGAAGAGGACGAAGUUGGGGAGGACGAACCUGAGCAGCCACGGUACUUGGAAAAAGAGUGUGUUGGAGAAGCCAUUGACUGGACGGCGCGGGAGCGUCGCGGUGGCGUCACAAAGGGAACUGGCGGCGGCGGCGGCGGCGGCGGCGGCAGCAGCAGCAGCAGCGUCAGCUUCCCCGGCCACCGUGACCGCAAGGAGCUGCUGAACCGUAUUGGGUGCGAGAAACAGAUCGAAUAA